AUGCUCGAGAGCCCCGAGGAAAACACACCGAAAACGCCGCAGCCUGUGCCUCGUGAGACCGAGUCGCCAAGUGGUACGAGCGACCAACGCGAUCGCACGGCAAGUGCCUGCGAAUACUCAGCAAGGCACGAGAACCCCGAGGAAAACACACCAAGAACGCCGCAACCUCUACCCCGUGAGACCGAGUCGCCCGACGCAUUCUCUUCGCAGCGCUCGCCUGGCGCGCCCAAGAUGGAGGAUCAGCAUUUUGGGCUCAGAUUCCAAGAUUCUGCAGCAGCUGGCGCGAAGUGGAUUGCUGCAAACCAGCACGCUGAUCACAUGCAAAACCUUCUCAACAGCCUGGGGGUGGCCAAUGAUGAGUUAGCCGCGCGCAAGCUCCUCUUCUCGGACAACUUUGCUACCGGGAUGGGUACAGCCAAAGACACGGCUUCUACCGUUAAGGACUGGCCGCGCAUGGUGGCAGACGAAGAGCGUGGUCACAGAGUUGUCAGUUCUGACAUAUCCUUCGACCUGAGGCGCUGCCUGCCCGCGCCUUUCAUGCAAGCAGUGAAGAGCCUUAGCGAAGGGAACGGCUUGCGCGACGAAGCCUUGGCCUGGUGCUUCUAUGCUAACAUAGCAUUUCUAAAGCACCAUGGCCGACGUGUUGGCCACAAGUCAGGAGAGCGCACUGAGGCGCCCAACAUCCCAGUGCUAGUGGGAGGUCCCCCGUCUUCAAGGAAGACUUGCUUGAUAGCCAUGACGACCGACUUCCUGUUGCAAGCGCCCGAAGCGCCCCAGUUGAUGCAAAAGCGGGAGUGCAUCAUCGCUGAUGCCACCGUCGCUGGCAUCCGCUCAGCAAUCUUCAAUUACAACAGAGCUGCGGUUGUCGCAGAUGAGGCUUCCAACGUCUACGAAACUCCUUGGUCAGAGAAGGGGCGACACCCAUAUCUCUUUCUUCACAAGGUGGCAGGCCAAACCGAGAUCAUCGAGUUCAUUGCGCAGCCUGUUGCGCACGGCUUCAACAAGCGCUUCAACCUUGUCUUUGCGCCAGAAAGGUCCCCGGAGUCGGCUGAAGUCCACACUGCUAGCGCGAAGGCCUUCUUCACACAGCUACACACUUGGCUGUGCAAGAAUGCUUGGGGCACGGAAGGCAACCACUACUUGGACGGCUACGCGUUGACCUGCUACCAGAGUGUCAAGCAGGCAGCGGAAGACUUUAUGGAAGAGAGAGGCGGCCAGCUUACCAAGGAUGCGUGUCGCAAAGUCCGGUUCUGGUCCACCGACUUCUCAGUGGUAGAGUACGGGGGCAAAGACGUGGCUCGAACAGAGGCAGCCAGAACCCAGCCAAACGUCUAUGAGUUCAUUUUGGCGGUGAACAUGUGGCUCCGGCAGCUGCAUGUGCACUUCAGCUUCUACAAGUGGUUCCGGCACAUGUCAGAUCAGAGACCGGGCGGCUCUACUAAGGAUCUCACUGCUGCCAUGGAAAGAGCUGACGACGGUGAAGAGCGCAGCCGACUCAAGGCUAACUUGUCGGCCGAGGAUCGCCUGAGGCACGAGAUUUUGGUGCACGAAAAGGCCGCGGUUGGUGCAAAGAUUGCCGGUGACCAAGUCAGGCUGUGGCUCCGCAACCAAAUCUGGUUCAAGAAGCAGCGCGUCACAGCCGACCAGAUCAAAACUGUUUUGGCAGAUUUGCACAAAGCUGGCUUGAUGGAUUCUGACAGCUCCCCUGAGGCGGACACACAGUCUCCACUUGCCAAUGUUGCGGAGGCAAAGCGCAAAACUAAGAAAGGCAUCAAGCCGGUGGUGUACAUUAAGAAGUCUGCUCGGGAGAUUGGAGGCAAUGCAGAUGCAGAAGCAGCCCGCACGCGGCUCCUGGUUCCCAUCAAGUACUUCUGA